GUCUUGCUGGGCUAACGAAGAGUUCUUGCCUUUCGCAGCUGAAACAGAUUCUUGUUCUUCAUAAAUCAGAACAGUUCUGAAGAACUUGGAAGUUUGCACAUCUUUUGGUAUUUUAUAAUAAAGUGUUAUUUCAUGUUACUAGAUCACUGCGUAUUGCCAUUUUUGCAAAGAUGAAGUAGAAAGGAAGAUGAAAAAAUGCCCAGAGCAACAGCAGUCAGUGUUACUGUGGCUACCCUGUUUGGCAUUGCAGCAGGAGGUCUAGUCUUCUGGAAGGUCAUCCAGCGUCGGAAACAUAAAACUUGCAUUACACUUAAUCAAGGAGGAGCUGUUAAGGAACGGGAAAAGGAAGAUAUCUCAGAAGACAUUUUUCCUUCAUUUUUAUCUUCUCCUACAGUUUCUUGGCUGGAGGAGAUUCUUGAGGCAAAAGUAAUAAUCAUUUCUGAGAUAGAGAAGUGGAAUGAAGUGGAACCCUUAUUAAAGAAAGAGUUGGAAUGUUGCCCGGUCCUUGGAAUUGACUGUGAGUGGGUCUCAGUAGAUGGAAAGAAGGCCAAGCCUGUUUCUCUCUUACAGUUGGCUGCUUGUAAUGGACUUUGCCUUCUUCUUCGUUUGCCCCAGCUGACCAGUGGGGGACAAGUUCUUCCAAAGACUUUGCUGGAAGUUCUGGCAGAUGGCAAAAUCCUAAAAGUUGGGGUAGGAUGUUGGGAAGAUGCCAGUAAGCUAUUUCAUGACUACAGUGUAGCAGUCAAAGGGAGUAUGGACCUCCGGUAUCUGGCCCUAAGACAUAGUAAGACCUUCCCUACAAAUGGGCUCAGCCUGAAAUCUCUUGCGGAAAGGAUUCUCCGAUAUUCGCUUGACAAAUCUCUACACUUGUGCUGCAGCAAUUGGGAAGCAGAACAGUUAACUCAAGAACAGAUUGAUUAUGCCGCCCGAGAUGCACAGGUGUCAGUAGCUUUGUUCCUCCACCUGUUGAACUUUCCCUGCCUCCCUUGUGCAUCAGGUGGUGGACAUAUUCUUCCUGUUUGGGAAAAGGUUCUGAAGAAGUGUCAGGGCUUGGUGGAUGUACCCUUCAAAGGAAAAAAUAACAAUAGCUUUGGGGAUGAUGAAAACACAGGAAAUGUGGAGCAUAGCUCACAGUAUCAGAAACUUCCAUCUAAUGGAUCCUCCCCAAUCAAGCAGCAAGUGAAAGAUCCUCGGAAGCACAAACGAAAGCCCUUGGGAGUAGGAUAUUCUGCCAGGAAAUCUCCCUUGUAUGACAAUUGCUUCUUGCAUGCUCCAGAUGGACAGCCUUUAUGUACCUGCGAUCGCAAGAAAGCCCAGUGGUACCUUGACAAAGGCAUUGGAGAAUUGGUAAGCAUGGAGCCAUUUACUGUGAGGUUACAGUUUGAGCCCGCUGGACGCCCUGAAUCAACCGUGGAUUAUUACUUGACAGUCAAAGAAAAUCUGUGUGUUGUGUGUGGCAAAAAAGAAUCUUAUAUUCGAAAGAACGUUGUGCCUCACGAAUACCGGAAACACUUUCCCAUCCAGAUGAAAGACCACAAUUCCCACGAUGUGCUCCUUCUCUGCACUGCAUGCCAUGCGCUCUCUAAUUACCACGACAAUCAGCUCAAGCAACAACUGGCUGAGGAAUUUGGCGCCCCGAUCGGUUGUGAGGAGGGCGUUCGCUUGCUUGAAGAUCCCACCCGCAGACAAGUCCGUUCGGCUGCUAGAGCUCUGGUGAACGCAGACAGCCUCCCUGCUGCCAGGAAAGAGGAGCUCCUGCAACUGAUCAGGGAUUACUUUGCCUCUGGCACAGUUUCCCCAGAGAUGGUGCAGGAAGCAGCUGGACUGGAAACCAGGAUUUUUAACGAGAGCUAUGUGCCACAUGGCCUGAAAGUGGUCCAGUGUUUUGCUCAAGGGGGCUUACAUUCCCUCAUGGAGCUGGAGAAACGUUGGCGCCAGCACUUCUUGGAUGUUAUGCAGCCCAAGCAUCUCCCAAAGCAAUGGUCUGUUGAUCAUAAUCAUGACAAACUGAUCCGGAAAUAUGGAGAGACUCUCCAGAUUGAACUUUCAUGAAGACAACUGAGGAUGAAGAAACAAGUGAUGAAAUUGGAAAAUAUAACUCAGAUUUCUUAUCUUCCUUCCCCUUCAUGUUGGGAUCAACAAGAUUCUGCUCAGACUGCCAUAUUGGUUAGGAAAUUUCACCAGCAUCACUAGUUAAAACUAUUUUAAGAUAAAAAGUGGUUUUAAGUUUUUUUCAGUUAUUUUAAAUUACAACUUGAAUGAAUGUCUGUCUGUUCUAUAACGACCACCAUAGCCAAAUCUUCUUAGGAAGGGCCUCAGCUAUAUAUGUGGACAACUUCUAGGCUUUCAGAUGUUGCUUCUGAAGUGCAGUACUUACCCACUGUCUGUCAUCAUUGGCCAUGGGGACAGAAGGCUGCACGAAACAUCAGGUUUCCAUCCCUGUUUUAUCUUGAAGAUACCAUUAAGGGGGAAGGAGAGGAUCAGGUUUUUUUUAAAGUGGAUUUAUUUAUCUAACAGCAUUUAUAUAUAUCACCCAAAGUUUUUACUGAAGUAUUGAAUCUAGCUGGGCAUUUACCAUCUUAGAUUUUAAAUAGAUGCCAAUAUGAUGGAAUAUGAUGACUGGGAGUGUGUCUUGUAAUGUUAUCUGGUACUCACUGAGCUUGUGGAAACUGCAAAAGUGGCUAAGAUUCCCUGUGGUAGCAAUGCUGUGACUUUUGAGUUGGAUUCAUGCCUCUCUCGGCUGCUUUGGUCUGUGAAGAAGUUGUGUUUGGAUUUGAGAGGUGUUGAUUGCUUCUUUGAGAGAAGUUCUGAUGGUACUAGCCUUGAAAAAGGCAGUGGUGAUCCAGCCUUAUUUGACACUACUACUCUGUCUUCCAACUUCUUCCAGCUUCAGAGGAUCCUAGAUGAAGCAGAUUAUCUGGAUUCCAUUCACUCUGCAUUCAGGGUAGAUGGGACAGAAAUAACAUUGGUGACAAAGUCAGCAAAAAAAGGAUUCAUGAAUAUCAUUAGCUAGGUUUACUCUGAAGAAGGUAAGGGGCUAAUAUAGAGAAUCCUAGAAACUGAAUAAACCCAAACUCUAGCAUUUAUUUAUUAGUGAAUUCAGUUGGGCAGAGUCUCGAAGUUUCUAAGAGCUGUAUGAAUCUCUUGUUUCCAGAAUGCCAGGCCAAAGAUUCUUUGAGCUUCCUCCUUUCCUUCUCAGCCCUGGAGAGCUCACAUCUAGUCACUCCGGUGGAUGUUUUAUUUAAAGGAUAGGAAUACAGGUAGUCCUAUACAGAUAAUACAUUUAGCAACUGCCUUAUUUAGUGACCAUUCACAGUUACACUGUGA